CGGUUAACAUCAGAGCCCAACACAUACACAGAAACAAACAGUUAAACUAACAUUUAAUAGGAUAAACAUCGGCGUAUGAGCACGAAAUUCAACAUGGUGUGAAAGGUCUGGUGAAACCUAAUCUGGAUUUCUUUGUCCAAGUCAUAAAACUCCACACCUUCCACCACCAUGUCCGGUAGCUACACCCCGGUCCCUGGGGGCCCUUUUUCAGCACUCACACCUAGCAUGUGGCCCCAGGACAUCCUGGCCAAGUACCAACAGAAAGACCAAAAUAGUGAAUCAGAACCUCAGUAUGAUGAGUUUGGCUUCCGGACCGACAGCGAUGAUGGGGUGGAGUCACGCGGGUGUCAACGACCUGAUGGAGCUUCACAUAGAGAAGACCCACAGCAGAGGCUGCGCUGGCAGGCCCACCUGGAGUUCACCCACAACCACACAGUCGGAGACCUCACCUGGGACCUCAUCUCUCCCAUCUUGCCCCGCUCAGAACGCCUUCGAUCACUUGUGCUGGGUGGUAUACCACAUAGCAUGAGGCCACAGUUAUGGAUGCGCCUGUCAGGCGCUCUACAGAAGAAGAGAACAUCAGACAUUUCUUACAGGGAAAUCAUUAAAAACAGCUCAAAUGAUGAAACCACAGCAGCCAAACAGAUAGAGAAAGAUCUCUUGAGGACCAUGCCCACGAACGCAUGCUUUAGUACCCUGACGAGCGUCGGCGUGCCCAAACUCAGACGGGUCCUGAGAGGGUUGGCAUGGCUUUAUCCAGACAUCGGCUACUGUCAGGGAACCGGCAUGGUGGUGUCGUGUUUGCUGCUCUUCCUGGAGGAAGAGGACGCUCUGUGGAUGAUGUGUGCCAUGAUUGAGGAUCUGCUUCCCCCAUCCUACUUCUCCUCUACGCUGCUCGGUGUUCAGACAGACCAGCGGGUUUUGCGGCACCUCAUCGUGCAGUACCUGCCCCGCCUGGACCGCUUGCUACAGGAACAUGAUAUUGAACUUUCUCUCAUCACUCUGCAUUGGUUCCUUACCUCGUUUGCCAGUGUGGUGGAUAUCCGAGUGCUGCUGCGUAUCUGGGACCUGCUUUUCUACGAGGGCUCCAUUGUGCUUUUCCAGGUCACACUGGGAAUGCUUAAGUUCAAGGAAGAGGAGCUGGUGUCGUCAGAAAACUCAGCAUCUAUAUUUAACACUCUGUCGGACCUGCCCAGUCAGUUGGAGGAUGGCUCGGCAGUGCUCGGAGAGGCCGUGAGGGUGGCCGGCUCGCUCACUCAAGACACACUGGACGCUCAGAGACACAAGCACCUGGCGUACAUCCUGGCCGAGCAAGCGCAGCUCAACUCCAACAACUCGCGUUCUCUUAACAGCAGUCUCAACAAGGUGGUGCGGAGGCAGGGUCUGCGCAGGAAGUCCACGCUGAGCUCGCUGCUGUUCGGGGAGGACGAGGCAGAGGCACUCAAAGCCAAAAACAUUAAGCAGACAGAGCUGGUGGCAGCACUACGGGAGGCCAUCGCUCGCACAGCUGAUCACUUUCACUGCCUGGAUCCUCACCAAUCCACCAUGGAACUGACUCCGGAUUACUCCAUGGAGAGUCAUCAGCAGGACCACGAGAACUUUUUAGUGGUUUCACGGACUCGCCGGAGACGGGCGAAGGCACUUUUGGAUUUUGAGCGGCAUGACGACGAUGAGCUGGGCUUUCGGAAAAAUGACAUUAUCACAAUUAUCUCACAGAAGGAUGAGCAUUGUUGGGUGGGAGAGCUGAACGGGCUGAGGGGUUGGUUUCCAGCUAAAUUUGUUGAAGUCCUUGAUGAAAGGAGUAAAGAGUAUUCCUUAGCAGGAGACGACACCGUGACUGAGGCAAUAACCGAUUUGGUCCGGGGAACAUUGUGUCCGGCGCUCAAGGCUAUUUUUCAGCAUGGUCUGAAGAAAACAUCUAUACUUGGAGGACCCUGUCACCCCUGGCUUUUCAUUGAGGAGGCUGCUAGCAGGGAGGUUGAGAGGGACUUCAACUCGGUUUACUCCAGACUGGUCCUGUGCAAAACAUACAGGUUAGAUGAAGAUGGGAAAGUGCUGACUCCUGAAGAGUUGCUCUACAGAGUCUUCUUUUUUCAGGCUGUUCAAUCUGUCAAUAUGAGUCACGACUCCGCACACGCUCAGAUGGAUGUCAAGUUUCGCUCUCUCAUCUGCGUGGGACUGAAUGAGCAGGUGCUGCAUCUGUGGCUGGAAGUGCUGUGCUCCAGUAUUAACGCAGUAGAGAAGUGGUACCAGCCCUGGUCAUUCCUGCGCAGUCCAGGUUGGGUUCAGAUCAAGUGUGAGCUCAGAGUCCUCUCCAAGUUCUCGUUCAGUCUUUCACAAGAUUGUGAAUUGCCUGACAAAAAAGAGGAAAAGGAGCAGAAGCCUCUGAAGGAGGGGGUUCAGGACAUGCUGGUCAAACAUCAUCUCUUCAGCUGGGACAUUGAUGGCUAGAAAUGGACGUCCUGAGACACACAACACUUGUUCACUCCGAUCCUGACCAAAACACACAAAUGAAACACUUUAUAAUGUUGAAAUAUCUCAGUUCUUAGGGCCCCAAGCUGCCGACUCAAAUGUAAUCUUUAGAGACGAGUGGUCAUCCAGAAGGAAACAAAAGGAUGAGUGCAUUUAUGACCUCUAGAUUUCAUCUGACCUAUGUUCUCCAGCCAGUUUCUUGCCUUGUUUUUGCACAUCACCACCUUGGGUUGUUACGAUUGCGAUGUAAGCACCGUCUAUGAAGUUUAUUCACUGUAAUCACUGCCUCGGUCCAAUGUUCAUGUCUAGUCAUCACAGAACAGUUUCCUGUAACUGUAAAGGGGUUUUAAGUCAGAAUUCUAGGGUGACUCGGUGGGUGGCACUGUUGCCUCACAGCAAGAAGGUCCUGGGUUCGAUUCCCAGGUGGAGCAGUCGGGGUAUGGGUCCUUUCUGUGUGGAGUUUGCAUGUUCUCCUUGUGUCUGCAUUGGUUUCCUCACACAGUACAGAGAUGUACAAGUGAGGUGAAUUGGAGAUACAAAAUUGUCCAUGACUGUGUUCGAUCCUGUAAUAAAUGUAACCAAAGUGUGUAAAACAUGACGUUAAAAUCCUAAUAAAGAAAUAAAUAAGCCAGAACUUUACUUCCCACCUGACUUAGGUUUGAUAGGAGACACACUUGGACACCUUGAAUAGCGGCAGGUUUAAAAUAUAUGUCCAAAAAUCAGGCUAUCAUCUUUACAUUUUGGAGCAAAUUAUUUAAUAAUUUGUGUUCAGCUCGCAACAAAUCACCUUAUCUGACUGUGUAGCAACACUGUCAAAACACAGAAGUUUGUAUCUCUUUAAGUGUUCAACUAUUAAGCAUUCUUUUGAAUUGCUGUUUACUGUGCCCCAAUAUAGAAGAUCUAGUAGAUCAGAGCACAUUCCUGCAUCAUUUUGGGUUAUUUGAUUGUUUGUUUGUUUUAAUGAAUUAUAUCAAUGCAUCCUAACAACAAACCCUAUAAUGAAUUGUGUUUUAAGUCAAUAACAUCUUGCCACCAUUGUAAAUACAGGUACUUAUUCAACCAAGCAUAAUUCUGGUCUUAAAAUGAAUAAAAACACACUGGGAUUAACCUUCAAAUAUUUAUACUUUCUCCAAAUGUUACGUUUAUAUGAAGGUAAAUUUAAAUUGUACAGUAGAAUUAGUUGAGCUAAUAUGUUGACCACUUCUGUCUAAAGCCUGUAGUAAAUAUUUUACAUUACAUUCUGUCACUGUGGGGCCCGAGAGCACGUCCCUGACUGACCAUAAAUCAGCUUUAUCUUUUUAUUUGUAAGAUGAACUACUGUAAAAUAUGAUUGUAUUUACAUUCGUAAUGUAUAAUAACAGGGUAAAUAUGUCAGGGUUCUGCUGUAUGUAUUUAUCCCAGUCACAAUGAAACUCGGGGAUCAGUUUGUGUUUAUUAUAAAUGACUGCACACCAGAUGUGGGAACAAUGCUGGUACCAAACCAGCACUCUUGCUGCUGUGGUUUAUUUUAGUUCUAAAUGGCGUCUGAAUUGAAUUGACAUUAUUCUGGUGUGUGUGAUGGUUAAGCAUGAUCAGCAAAUCAUAGGGCUUUAGAUCAUUCCUCAUCUCUUGUGCAUAGUAAUGAUAAAUACAUUUAUUCUAAGGACGAGCUGGUUGUGCUUUUCUACCAUCGAUGUCCUCACCAAGAUACCAUGUAUAUCCAAGAGAUGCUUGUUCUCUCAUAUGUGACUGGUGUGAAUAUACAAGAGCAGCACUUCUCUAGGCUUCCUCUAGGCUGAAUGUGUGUUGUAUCUGUAUUUAUACAUUUCUACCAAAGAAGUCUCCAAAUCCUACACAGAUCCUUCAAAAAUAAUACUUUAAACUUUGUGAUUCAGCUCAUACUUAAGCGAGUACUGCCCACCUAAAGUCGAGCAUGUAAAGAAAUAGAGAAAAUAUUUGUGAACGUAGGUAAUGCUAAUGUUGAACAAAUGAUUCUCCUGUGUGGAUCCUGACCAACAUGUAAAGAAAGUAUAAACCCACCAGUCAGUUGUUAAAUGAACAUUUAUGUUUUAUUUUUCUUUGUGAUGGUGUAUAAAUAAACUGUAUUGAUAUAUUUAA